AUGAUUCACGUAGGAGAUCACGACGUCAUCAAGACAUUAGGAGUUGCAUGGUCCCCGCAAACCGAUACAUUUCGAUUUCUGGUGGAUGAUCAGGAUCCUUGCAAAACUACUAUGACCAAAAGGCAACUUGCCUCCGAGAUUUUGAGGCUGUACGACCCGCUGGGCAUUAUGCAGCCAAUAAUUAUUACGGCAAAGAUCCUGCUCCAAGGACUUUGGAAAAUCAAAUUAAAAUGGGAUGACCAAAUCCCUGCGCAAUCACAUCAUGAAUGGCAACAGUUGAAGAAGACAUUGCCGAAACUCGCAAGAUUGGCCAUACCGCGCCAAGCCAUUCCAAGCAACGCCAUACACCUGGAACUGCAUGGGUUCUCAGAUGCAUCCAUCCUCGCCUAUGGUUGCGCAAUUUACGCGUACUGCAUAGAUGACCAAAAUAGGAAAACAAUGAACUUACUAUGCGCCAAGUCCCGCGUAGUACCAAUGGAAAAGGCCAAUCAGCUGGCCCUGACGCUACCUCGAAAGGAACUCUUAGGAGCAAAGUUACUUGCCGAAUUAAUGCAUAAGGUAAGCGGCAUCAUACCAUCUCGCAUUGAUCAAGCCUACUACUGGUGCGACUCGCAGGUAGUAUUGGCCUGGAUCCACUCGCAUGUACCCCACAAUGAGGUGUACGUUUCAAACCGGAUUAAGGUAAUUCGGUCUCUAACAAACCAAGAGGAUUGGCGCUACAUCCCGACCGAUCAAAAUCCCGCGGACGUAGUCUCAAGAGGAAUUUCCGUGAGGAAGCUCUUAACGACAAAAAGAGAGCUGUGGCUGCACGCCACAGAAUACGUAUUGCAUAAUAAGCCGCAGUUCAAGGCACUUGUAGCCCUACCAGGCAUUGCAACCUGUUCAUCACAGAACCAGGACGACAUAACAACCGAGGUGUAUGACCUAAUAUCCGCGUACCCUCACCACAACUCGUUCCGGCGAACGCGAAGGCAUUUCGCCAUAAUUCAUAGGGCCAUGAACAAUUUUAUGGCCAAGUCAACCACUAUCAGGGGACGUGGGGUUAACAGAGAAUCUCAUAUCGGUCCCAUAACUGUGAGUGAGCUGGAGGCAGGAGAGUGGCUAAUCGUUAAGCACCUCCAGCGAAUCCAUUAUCGUCAGGAGUUCGCUCAUCUAGAGGAAAAGGGAACCCCUACCAAGCAAGGUCCUCUGCAGCACCUCAGUCCCAUCAUCGAGGAUGGACUUAUCCGCGUCGUGGGCAGAAUUAGUCUAGCCGACCUACCUCAGGAUCAACGACGUCCAAUUUUAAUUCCCCGAGAGCACUUCUUUGGGAAAAUCAUUUUGAAUCACAUUCAUCGAAGAAACCUCCACGCUGGGAUGGAGACGAUCGUUGCGGACUUCCAGAGACAAUAUUGGAUGCGAAGUCUCCGAAAGACUGCCAAGGCAGUUGUAAACAAAUGUAUUUUGUGCGCACGCGCCAGACCGCGCAAAUUCCAACAGCAGAUGGGUCAAUUGCCCAGACCCCGGGUGAAUCCAUCACCCGCCUUCACGCAUACCGGAGUGGAUCUUUGUGGUCCAUUUUACAUCCUGCCGAGCCCCAGAGCUAAGACCAAGAUGGCCGUCUACGUCUGCAUCUUUGUUUGUUUUUCCACCAAAGCGGUGCACCUCGAAGUUGUGGAAAAUCAGUCCGCAGGAGCUUUCAUCGCUGCACUCAUGAGAUUUACUGCGCUGCGCGGCAGGCCUGAAGUAAUCUAUUCCGACAAUGGACGCAAUUUCGUUAGAGCCAACAAAGAACUCGCCGAACUGGCACAAACAUACAACAACGAGCUAUUCCAAAAUGAAUUGGUUGGGAUAGCCGCUACUAAGGGGAUAAACUUUUCCUUUAUCCCACCUAGAAGUCCAAAUUUCGGAGGACUCUGGGAGGCAAACAUCAAAGUCGCCAAAAGGUUAUUCUCAGCAGCGGCCCGUGGGGCCUGCUUCAAUAUUUUGGAACUGCAGACUGUGCUUUACCAGGUGUCGGCAAUAAUGAAUUCCCGGCCCCUAACGGCAGUCUGGACCGACGCCAGUAGUCCAGAACCGCUCACCCCUGGACACUUUCUAAUUGGGAGACCCAUGACGGCUCUUCCCAUUCCCAGUGAAAUGCCUAAACAUGGAAAUCUAUCAUUGCGAUGGCAGCGAAUCCAGAGUCAAACUACGCAGUUUUGGCGCCAGUGGCAGGAGCAAUACCUGCAACACCUGCGCUGCUUGGCCAAAUGGACCAAAAAGCAGCCCAAUUUGGAAGUUGGACAAGUGGUCCUCAUCGGAGAUGACAAUAAUCCCGUAGCAAAGUGGCCCAUGGGAAUCGUCAUCAACACACAUCCCGGCUCCGAUGGAGUCGUGCGUGUCGCCACGGUUCGCGUCGGAACCAGCAUCUACAAACGGAACGUCCGGCUGCUAGCCCCAUUACCAAUCGAGUUACCAGCAGCCAAUAACAGCACGGAACAAUCUUCGGUACAUGAAGUAGCCGACUACGAAGAGGAUCCCUCACCUCCAGCUAAUAAACUGCGCAACAACCAUGCAAAGCGCAAUCAGUAA